AACUCAAGGCUUAAGAGAACAUCGAUUCUUUCUACCACCAGGAUCGAGUAAAACGUUCAAUAGUGACUGGGGCGAACAGGCUUAUACCUUUCUUUCACAGUGGAAGAAAGACAAGAAAUUUUCUGAUGUUGAAAUAGCGAAGCAGGCAGCGAACGGAAUAAUUAUUGAAGGACAGCAACUCAAUAAACAUUGUGAGUCACACUACAUAGCUCGCCAACUGCUAGCCGUCAGAAAAAAACACAGAAAAGAAAUUUACAGGUGCUGCAUAAAACUAUACACAAUGGAAUGCUUUUUAUACAAACUAAUAAACAAUGCACUGAGGGAAAACGAUACCAGGAAACUAAGCACGCUCGGUCCAUUUUGCUACAUUUUAUUCAGAAGCUGGCUGACCACCAAAGAAAAACAUACAGCGACACUCUACCGUGGUAUGACUAUCGAUGACAAUCAGCUCACAUCGUAUCAAGAAGCCAUCGGCAAAAGCAGAUGUUGGGACGGCUUUACCUCAACAACAAAAAACCACGAAAAAGCGCAAACAUUCGGUAACAUCUUAUUCAUCAUCGAUGCAAACAGCAACGGAGGCAUCGAUAUUUCAGCACUAUCAGAUUACGACGAAGAAGAAGUUCUACUACCACCAGGAACCACAUUUACAAUCGAUAAAGUCCACAAAACCGAAACCAAUACAUUAAUUUAUUUGAGGCUUCCGCCCUCUCCAACAGCUGCAUCAACAUUGAUUCACUUGUACCCAACUCCAUCAACCUCAGAUGAGCACUGCUGUGACGAAAGUGCCAUGUCAUCUGGCGCCAUCAAACAUCUAACAGAUGGAUGA